GGCAGCUCUCAGUCUGGGGCGAGCGCUUGAGUGAGCGUGGACGGAUGCUUGGACAGUAGUGCCUGCAGCGGCGGCGGCAGUAGUAGUGGCCGGGGAGGGGCAAGGGGGAGGGCCCCGAGGGCUACACACGCUCACACUUUCAAGUUCCCCUGGAGGGAGAGGAGGUGGGGCUGCAGAAGGAGGAGGCCAGGGGCAGUUGCAUCCGUCCCGUCCCGUCUCCCCCUUUUCCUCUUGCUCCCUGCACCCUGCCUCUGCAAGAGUUGAGGGUUCGGGUGGCAGUCCGCGGCAGUGAGGGCAAGAGGGCCAGGAGAGUGGGCAGCGGAGCCAGGGGUGCGGGGGAAGAUGCCCAUCCUGCUGUUCCUCAUAGACACGUCCGCCUCUAUGAACCAGCGCACUGACCUGGGCACUUCCUAUUUGGACAUUGCCAAAGGCGCUGUGGAGUUAUUCUUGAAGCUGCGCGCCCGGGACCCGGCCAGCCGCGGAGACAGGUACAUGCUGGUCACCUACGACGAACCCCCGUACUGCAUCAAGGUUGGUUGGAAGGAAAAUCACGCCACAUUCAUGAGUGAACUAAAAAAUCUUCAGGCUUCUGGACUGACUACACUUGGUCAGGCUCUAAGAUCCUCAUUUGAUUUGUUAAAUCUCAAUAGAUUAAUAUCUGGAAUAGACAAUUAUGGACAGGGGAGAAAUCCAUUUUUUUUAGAACCAUCUAUUUUAAUUACCAUCACAGAUGGAAACAAGUUAACAAGUACUGCUGGUGUUCAAGAAGAGCUUCAUCUUCCUUUGAAUUCUCCUCUGCCUGGAAGUGAACUAACCAAAGAACCUUUUCGUUGGGAUCAAAGGUUAUUUGCCCUGGUGUUGCGUUUGCCUGGAUUGACUUCUAUGGAAACAGAGCCUCUAGGGAGUGUACCAACUGACGAGUCUGCCAUCACACAGAUGUGUGAAGUCACGGGAGGUCGCUCCUACUGUGUUAGAACACAAAGAAUGUUGAAUCAGUGUUUAGAAUCUCUAGUUCAGAAAAUUCAGAGUGGUGUCGUUAUUAACUUUGAAAAAACAGGACCAGAUCCACUUCCUGUUGGAGAAGAUGGAGUUCUGGAUCCAUCCAGGCCAAGCAAUUCAUGGCAUAGUUGUCAUAAGCUCAUUUAUGUACGACCUAACUCUAAAACUGGUGUUCCUGUUGGACACUGGCCAAUUCCAGAGUCUUUCUGGCCAGAUCAGAAUUUACCCUCCCUACCUCCACGAACAUCUCAUCCUGUUGUGAGGUUCUCCUGUGUAGAUUGUGAGCCAAUGGUAAUAGACAAACUUCCUUUUGACAAAUAUGAACUUGAACCUUCACCCUUAACUCAGUACAUCCUGGAACGAAAGUCUCCCCAUACCUGCUGGCAGGUGUUUGUUACUAGCAGUGCAAAAUACAAUGAACUUGGUUAUCCAUUUGGUUAUUUAAAAGCCAGUACGACUUUAACGUGUGUAAACCUGUUUGUGAUGCCGUACAACUACCCAGUUUUACUCCCUCUUUUAGAUGACUUGUUUAAAGUUCACAAGCUUAAGCCCAAUCUGAAGUGGCGACAGGCUUUUGACAGCUACUUAAAAACUCUGCCUCCAUACUACUUAUUACCAUUAAAGAAAGCACUAAGGAUGAUGGGAGCUCCAAAUCUGAUAUCAGAUAAUUUAGAUUGUGGACUUAGUUACAGUGUUAUCUCUUACCUUAAAAAACUCAGCCAACAGACCAAACUAGAGUCAGAACGGAUACUAGCAUCCGUGGGGAAGAAACCUCCCCAGGAAAUUGGAAUCAAAGUGAAAAAUCAUUCUGGAGGUGGCGUGUCCUUUACCCACAGUAAAAAUGUUAGAAAACUAUUGAAAGAAAUCAUAGGGGAAAGUGCACCAAGACUGACGGAAUUGAAUACCAAAGAAUUUGCUGGCUUCCAAGUUGGGCUCUUCAACAAGGAUUUGAAACCUCAGACAUACAGAAAUGCUUAUGACAUUCCACGUAGAGGUCUUUUAGACCAGUUAACCAGAAUGAGAUCCAACCUGCUGAGAACACACAAGUUUAUUGUUGGACAAGAUGAAGAUUCCUUUCAUAGUGUUCCCGUCGCACAAAUGGGUAACUAUCAGGAAUACCUAAAGACAUUGGCUUCUCCGCUUCGAGAGAUUGACCCAGAUCAACCAAAAAGACUACAUACAUUUGGCAAUCCAUUCAAACAAGAUAAGAAGGGCAUGAUGAUUGACGAAGCUGAUGAAUUCGUGGCAGGGCCACAAAACAAAGUGAAGCGCCCCGCAGAGCCCAACAGUCCUCUGUCAUCUAAGAGAAGGCGGAGUAUGUCCAUGCUGUUGGCGACACCACAACCACCACCUACUGUAACUAACCAUGUGGGCGGAAAGGGACCACCCGCAGCCUCGUGGUUCCCAUCUUAUCCAAACCUCAUAAAACCCACCCUUGUACCUACAGAUGUCCCUGUCCUUCCUGAUGUCCAUGAGGAGAAGAUGGAAAAUGGUCAGAUCCCACCUGAUGGCUUCUUGUCAAAGCCGGCUCCCCCAGAGCUUAUCAGUAUGGUGGGAGAUGGUAUUCCACACUCCCAGCAGCUGGAUUCUCUGUCUGAUGACUUCCCGAGUCUACGGAAAGAUGGCCUGGUUCACAAACCUGGUACUAAUGCACUUCUGGGAGAAAACAAACACAGCGGUGUCUCUGUAGAGGUUCGAAAAGCGUCAGUAACCCCCGCUUUGGGGACUGCAGCAAACACCUUGCAGAUAACUCCCGCGAUGGCUCAAGGAAUCAAUGCUGAUAUAAAACAUCAGUUAAUGAAGGAAGUGCGAAAAUUUGGGCGAAAGUAUGAAAGAAUUUUCAUUUUGCUCGAAGAAGUGCAAGGGUCUCUUGCGGUCAAGAAACAAUUUGUUGAAUUUGCCAUCAAGGAAGCUGCAAGAUUUAAAAGACGAGUCUUAAUCCAGUACCUUGAGAAGGUACUAGAAAAAAUAGACUCCCACCACCACCUCAACAAUGUUAAUCACAUCAACAGCAGAUCAUCAUGUUAAUGCAGAGACCAAGGAGAAAAAAGGGCAAGUUUUCUAUGCUGUAGGAAGGAAGACGAUAUUGUCCAAGCUUCCUAGAAUGUUUUAGGCAAGGGAACUGCCUUCCCAAAGCUAAGAAGAAGCCAUGGAACCUUUUUAAAAUUUUAUUUUACGAUUCUCUGGAAGUAAAACCUGGCUCAGAGUUUUCUUGAAAGUAUUAAUUUGUUGUUUUGUUGUCUCUUUUCCAAGUCGAGGAAGGUGAUGUUAUUAAUUCAGCAGGUCAACUUCAGUAAGCACUGUCACCCCUCUAGAUGUGAUAAGGGUUUCCUUAUGUGAACUUUGAUGUUCUGGGCAUUUCCAGAGUGACUAAGGGCCACCUGUAAGUGGAACACUGCUCGGUGCUCUUGCUGCAUCCUUUAGAAAGAAUCAGUGUUGAGAAUCCAGCCAGCCAUCUUGUGUGUGCCGAACAAUUCCUAGUUGUGCCUUUUAAACCAUGCAAUCAAUAUUCAGGACAGUUUGAAACAAAGAGUAAGAAAGCUGCUAUUCGGGUAACUUAUUUCUCUGUGGGACGGGGCAGGGAGAGUCACAAACGGUCUACCUCCAACUCUCUUCUAUUUUGUCUAGAGACAUUACAAAGUCCACCUGUGGCUGCCCCGACCCUGACAUUCGUUCUUGCAUGUGAUGACCCAAAGUCUUCAGGUGAACUUGUACCUUCUGUGCUUUGGAAGCACUAAAAGAAAAAAAAUAAUGUAUAUAUUUCCUUUAAUGUUUAUACAAAGGUUUAUAUGAAGCCCUGUUGUUUUGUCUGUAUUAAUUUGCAAAAAUUUAAGUGUACAAAGAGAUUUUGAGUUUGCAUAUAUAAAAUAAAUCAUUUUAUUGAUUUUCACAA